AUGUCUAAUUUACAUUCAACAAGUAUUAUUAAUGGACAACAACAACAAUCAAGAGAAAGGCGUAAAUGGAAUAUUGGUGGGGUAAAUAAUGCUGCUACACAACAACAACAUCAGCAACAACAAAUUUUGAAUCCAACACAAAUGUAUUUACAAAAUCAGAAUGGAGGAGGAGUUUCUUCGUCACCUUCUCCUUCAAUGUAUCUUUCUGUUAGACCACCAAUUCAACAACCUAUACAGCAACAACAACCUUUAACUAAAGAUAUUGUUAAUUCAAAUUAUUUAUCUGUUAAUAAUAAUUCACAACAACAACGUUUUGGUAUUGGUAAUUCUAUUUCAUUAAAUGCUAUUCGUUCUGGAAUGAUUGAAAAGCAACAAGAAUCCCAACAACAACAAGAAUAUGGCAAUAGAAAUUCUUUAUCUCGACGUUAUCUUCAAACAAAUGUUGAAAAUGAAAAUAACAAAAAUAAUUGUGUUUGGAAGCCUAAUCAAAAUAUUACAAAAACAUCUAUGCUUGUUAAAAAGAGGCGCUCUUCAAAUUUAUUUAAUACUUCAGGAAAUAAUAAGGGAGAUGAUGGGGGAGAAGAAAAUGGGUCUUUUACAGCACAUCAUCAACAACAACAAAACCACCAAUCAUCAUUAUUAUUAGCAAAUAGUAACAGUCCUUGUAGUUCAAGCCAAGCAAGUACUCCAAGUGGUUGUGUUAGUAAUGAUUAUAGACAUUCUCCUCCAGAUGGAAUAAAUGCUCGUUUGGAUGAUUCUAAAUUUGGUUCUGGUGGUGGUGGGGGAGGAGGAGCUAGAAGUGCUUUAAAUAGAAUUAAACAAAGAAGAAUGGCUGCUGCGGCUGUUGCUAAUAAUAAUAAUAAUUCUGAUUUACCCCCAUCUAUAGGCCGUCAAACACCAUCAUCCCACCCGCCUCGUUCACGUUCUCAAUCACCUUCUCAACUUGCAAUGGCUGUCUUAGCUUCUGAAGCAGCUCAAGCCCAAACAGCUAGGCCUAUAUCGCCGUCUGUUCGUUCGGUCCUUUCGGGUAGUUCUCCUUCAACAACUUCUCGUUAUCAACUACGCCUUUCAACUGUUGGUAAUGGUGUUGGUGGUUCUCCCUCCUCUUCUUCUUCACGUUUACGACAAGCUAGACAAAGACUUAAAAAAUCACAAGAAAAUUUGGCUUCUUUAAAAAUUGAAAAUAAAGAGGUUGAUGAAAAUGAAGAAGAAGAGCCUUUAUCUAGAUCUAGGUCUAUUGGAAAUUUAUGGAUGACAACAACAGGGAGAAGAAGAACAUCUUUACAUUAUACAGAUGACAGAAAACAAAAUCAACGAGAAAUAGCCAAAUCAACAACAGAUUUAUUAUUAUUAAAUGGGAAACCUAAGGAAGAUGAUACCACAAAUUCAUCAAAAUUAAUUAGUAAUAGAUUAGCAGAAUCUAGGCAACGAUUGGCACAAUCAAUUAAAGAUAUUAAUAGAAGAAUAAGUGAACCAGAUAUUCAACCAAUGUUGACUUCAUUGUCUAAAGAAAAUUCUCAUCAAAUAACAGAAACACCACCUUCCUCUUCAUCAUCUUCAACUACAUUUAGAGGAGGUCCUAGACGUGGAGUACAAAAAAAGUUAGAUAAACAAUUACAACAACAACCACCACAGUCCAUUAGUGCUCGUUCUUUUCAACAUUAUAAUCCUGGUGAUUGGUCUACUGAAUCCUCUUCCAAUAUUAAAAUGAAUUUAAUGCAACCAGUAGGAAUAAGAAGUGCCACUUCUCUAACCCCAACAACAGCAUCAAAUAAUUUUUCUGCACAUUCUCCUCGUAGCAAUUAUUUGGCACAAAAACUUGCUAGCCGAAGUGGUUCUGUUGCUACUGAUUCAUCAAUAACGACAACAACCUCUUGUAAUCGUUCAUUUACUUCAGAAUUAAAUCAAAUAAAUAAUAAUUUGGCUUCAUUUCAGUUUACUUCUACAGGCUCAAAAAAAAUGGCAUUGCAUGCACAAGAAUGUAUAAAAGAAAUGCAGCAAGCUAGUGAUAAACUUUUGGGAACGCGUCAGUUGAUACAAUUUGACCCAACAAUUAAUUCUGAGGAAAAGCAUCAAUUACUUUUUAAUGUAAACAAAGCUGUAACUGCUUUUUCUAAAAGAAUGAUACUUGAAGAUGAAGAACAUGGAGGAGAACAACUUUAA